AUGACCAAUCCUCAGCAUACAAUAGAAGGUGGUGUUUCAGAAGUUGAGAUAAUUUCACAGCAAGUAGAAGAAGAGACCAAAAGCAUUGCUCCUGUACCGCUUGUUAAUUUUGCUUAUCGAGAUCUACCUUUAGCUACACUUGAUGUGUCUGUGGCUGGGUCUCAGCUUUUGUCGAAUUUGGACGAGGAGUACCAAAGGGAAGGAUCUAACUGGCUAAAACCAUGCUGUGGGAGACGAGCAGCUGUGUGGCAGGUAUUUUUGCUCAGUGCAAGUCUCAACAGUUUCCUGGUAGCCUGUGUAGUAUUGGUGGUGAUUCUUCUGACUCUGGAACUCCUAAUAGAUAUAAAGCUUCUCCAGUUUUCAAGUGCUUCACAGUUUGCAGGAGUAAUUCACUGGAUCAGCCUAGUCAUCCUGUCUGUUUUCUUUUCAGAGACUAUUUUGAGGAUUGUGGUCCUUGGCAUAUGGGAUUACAUUGAAAAUAAAAUAGAGGUGUUUGAUGGUGCUGUCAUAAUCUUGUCCUUGGCACCAAUGGUGGCCUCAACAGUGGCUAAUGGCCCCAACAGCCCAUGGGAUGCUAUCAGCCUUAUUAUCACACUGCGAAUAUGGAGAGUGAAGAGGAUCAUUGAUGCGUAUGUCCUUCCAAUGAAAUUGGAGAUGGAGAUGAUGAUUCAGCAAUAUGAGAAGGCAAAGGUUAUUCAAGAUGAGCAUCUGGAAAGACUAACCCAGAUCUGCCAGGAACAAGGGUUUGAAAUCAGGCAGCUGAGGGCCCACCUUGCCCAGCAGGAUUUGGACCUGGCUGCAGAGAGAGAGGCUGCACUGCAGGUCCCCCAUGUGCUGAACAAGCAGAGCAGCAACAGGUACAAGGUGGUGGCAGCUGAGGAUUCGGAUGAUGAGACCACUGAGAACAUCACUGAGUUGCGACCUCCACAAGAGGAUGACAUGAAUAAUUACAUCAGCCGAUACUACAACGAGCCCAGCAGUGACACAGGUGUCCCCGAAGCUACCAUCUGCAAGGUCACAGCUGCCACUGUUGACAUCCAUCGCUCCAACAUCUCUUCUGACCUCCUGGGGGUGGAGCUCCCCCCACAGCAGGACAGCACAGGCCAGGACACCUCAGGCAGUGCCUCCCUCUCCACCCUCAGCUCGGGUGCCCAGGCCUGCAGCUGGACACUGGCCUCCUCCCCGGACUGCAGCUCCACCUGCCAGGACACUCUGGAGCCCAGCCCCCAGCCCCAGCUGCCUGACCCUCGGGAGCCCAGCCCCCAGCCCCAGCUGCCUGCCCAGCAGCGGGUGGCCCAGGCUGUGGUGCAGCAGCUUCUGUCAUCCAUGUCAAAAGAGACAUACCUGUCACAGCAGGGCCCAGAUCCUGCUGGCCUCAAGCUGUCCAUGCCAGCUGCAGGGGACAGCCCUGACCUGCACCACCAGCUCAGCAUCUACAAUGGCAGCAAGCAGGAUGGCCUGGACCUCAAGCCGCUCAGUGACUGCCCACAGGGUGCUCCCAUGAUUGAGCAGUAUGGGGUGCUGGGGCCCCUGGAGCCACACCUGGGCAGGGCAACCAAGCCAUAG